CAGAAUUUGAUUUGUUCUGCUCCUCAUUAUCAAUCACUUGAGACUCAAGGAGAGAACCUAGAUCUCCAUCAGAGGGAGGAGCAGGGACUGGCAAUAUAGGUCCAAUAAUUCACAAAUAACCUGCAUCAGUGACUGUGAAAGUGGAAAGUGGAAAGCCAUUUGUGAAGUUGUUUCGAAUGCAAUAGUAACGUUGAUAUAGGGUUUUUCCCGCUCAUUUUGAAAGAAAACCCUGGCUGGUUCCAUUUCUCAUCUUCUUCCCUCACUCCCACAAAACAAAAAAUUAGUUGCGACUUGCGAGCAACAAAAUGAGUGUUCCAAUGGAGACGGAGCUCUCAACCGACCAAAACGGCGCUUCUUCCCAACACUCACUUUCCGUUCCCGAGGACAAAGUUCUUGUCCCUGUCGAGGUAACCCUAAAACCUUCCAGCACAGCUAAAAUCGACGACGUUCGUUCCGCCGUUGAGGGGAUGUUAGAAAAGAGGAGUUUGAGCUAUAACGAUGGACCCAUUCCGGUGCCUCUUGAUGACGCGUUUCUAGCAGAUAACGUGCAAAGAAUUUGUGUUUGUGGAUGUGAUACUGAUGAGGGGAUGCACAAUGAUAAUGUUCUUUUGUUCUGGCAAGUCAAGCCUGUUGUACAUGUCUUUCAGCUUAGCGAGGAAGGGCCAUGUGAGGAUAUAAGCUCUGAUGGCCAAUCUUCCAGCUUCAAUGAAUGGAUUCUUCCUGCAAAAGAAUUUGACGGCAUGUGGGAAAGCUUAAUAUACGAAUCUGGUCUAAAGCAACGGUUAUUACGAUAUGCAGCAAGUGCUUUGCUCUUUACUGAAAAAGGGGUUGAUCCAUUCCUUGUUUCAUGGAACCGCAUAAUUUUGUUACAUGGACCACCUGGGACUGGAAAGACGUCGUUAUGUAAAGCAUUAGCUCAGAAAUUAUCAAUUCGAUUCAAUUCGAGAUACCCACAGGCCCAGCUUGUUGAAGUGAAUGCACAUUCUUUGUUCAGUAAAUGGUUCUCUGAAAGUGGCAAGCUGGUAGCGAAACUUUUCCAAAAGAUUCAAGAAAUGGUAGAGGAAGAAAGCAAUCUAGUAUUUGUAUUGAUUGAUGAAGUCGAAAGCCUUGCCGCUGCUAGAAAAGCUGCUUUAUCUGGUUCUGAACCUUCUGAUUCUAUUCGGGUUGUCAAUGCAUUACUAACUCAGAUGGACAAGUUAAAAUCAUCGCCAAAUGUGAUAAUUCUAACCACGUCCAACAUAACUGCGGCUAUUGAUAUUGCUUUUGUUGAUCGAGCUGAUAUCAAAGCAUAUGUUGGUCCCCCAACUCUUCAAGCUCGGUAUGAAAUAUUAAGGUCCUGCUUACAGGAAAUGAUGCGUACAGGGAUAUUGACUAGUUUACAGGAUUGUAAGAACACCAUGCUUCCUCAUUACGCUAGUGCGAAAGAUAGGUUGAACACUCUAGAUUUUCAUGAGGACGCUACAUUCAUGCAACUGUGCAAACAACUACUUGAAACUGCAGAGGCAUGUGAGGGAAUGAGUGGAAGGUCGUUGAGAAAGCUUCCAUUUUUGGCACAUGCUGCGCUUGCAAAUCCUUUUGAAUGCAACCCUAUUAAGUUCUUAUGUACAAUGGUAGAAACAGCAAAGAGGGAGCGUUCUGAGCUUCCUGACUAAAGUAACUAAAAUUUCAAUUGAAAAUGUGUAAAUCAAAAGUGUAACGAUUGCGUCUACUGCAUUUUAGUGCGAUAAGUGUUGAUAAUGAUGCAGCAGCAAUGUUUAUUAAUUAUAAGCAUUUAUCAGAGCUUAGUUACCUAGUAGCAGAGAUGAGUUAGGAUUGAAUUAGUUGUGUGAUUUAGAUUGUUUGAGGUUAAUUAUAUGCUCAAUUUUCAUUA